AUGACCUCUGAAACCAGCGCUCGGAACGUUACUACUCAGUCCUGGUUUGACCAGGCUCGUUUCAUCCCACCCGAUGCAAUCUUUGCGUUGACUGCUCAGUAUGUAGCAGAUCAAUCUCCCAAGAAAGUCAACUUGGGCCAGGGGACGUACCGUGACGAGCACGGGAACCCGUGGGUUCUCCCCUCGGUCCGCGAGAGUCGGAAGUUGCUAGCACAGGAGUUGAAUCACGAAUAUCUCCCUAUUGUUGGUCUGGCAAAUUUCCGCAAAGAGGCUGCAAAGUUAGCACUAGGCUCAGAGCUGUUUCAAAGGCAACAGGAUAAACUGGCGACUUGCCAAAGUCUCUCCGGCACUGGAGCACUACACUUGGCUGGACUGUUGCUAAGAGCUUGCAAGACGCCUCUUCCCAAAGUAUACAUACCUGAGCCGACAUGGUCGAACCACCAUCAGGUGUUUUCGUCACUUGGGUUCCAGUGUGAAUUUUUCAGAUACUACAACCCGGAGAUAAAAGAUUUGGAUAUUGAUUCUUAUUAUUCGGCAUUGAAAUCGGCCGAGCCCGGGUCUGUCUUCAUCAUCCAUACAUGUGCUCACAACCCAACAGGCUGUGAUCCGAGCAAAGAGCAAUGGCGAGAACUUGCGCGCCUCUUUAAAGAGAGACAGCUGUUCCCACUUUUUGACACUGCCUAUUUAGGCUUCAAUUCCGGCAAUGUUGAUAACGAUGCCUUUGCCAUUCGAUUAUUCAUCGAGGAGAUGAAUUUGGAAGCUGGAGUUUGUCUGUCGUUUGCGAAAAACAUGGGUCUCUAUGGGGAACGAGUCGGCUGCUUUUUAUUAGCAACCAGCACCGAAGAAGCGGCCGUAAAGACCCAAUCGAUGCUUGAAAUGCUUCAGCGUUCUGAAGUUUCGAACCCCCCGGCCUAUGGUGCGAAAAUUGCGAGCACCAUAUUAGCCGAUGCCACCCUUCGGGGGGCUUGGCAUGAUGAUCUGAUCACCAUGAGCGGCCGAAUUCGCUCGAUGAGGACGGCAUUGUACGAUAGCUUGGUGGCCUCCGGCGCACCUGGAACUUGGGACCACCUGAUCCGCCAGUCUGGAAUGUUUGGAUUCCUGGGACUAUCUCCAAGCGUUGUGCUAAAGCUUCGCGAGAAAUAUCAUAUCUACAUGGCGGACAACUCUCGUAUAUCAAUUGCUGGGCUCAACAAACAGAACGUCGAUUACGUCGGACAGUCAAUUACUGACUGCUUGAAGCAAGAAUGCUAG